CUUAAGUUACUUGUUUGUAAUACACUAAUAGUUUCAAACACUUCUGUCGAUGAAUCAAUAAUAUUUCUAAUUAUCUUUAAAAACUCACAUGACUAUAACACACUUGAGUUGUAUAUAGCCGUUGAUUCGUUUGUUAUUUAUUAAUAACUGACUGUUUGUAACGGUAAAUACCAAAUUAGAUCAUUGUCAACAACAACCAACUAUAUGCUGACUUACCAAAUUAUUUUCAAAAAAGAUGAAUAAAAGUGAUUCUCAAUGUCUUGCGUUUCUGUUGUUUUCCUUCUUGUUUUUAUUUAACACGUUAAUAGAAGCUAAAAGAUCUGACUUUGAGCUAAGUAACAGAACCAUCAAAUAAAUUUUGAAGACAUAGUCAUUAUGAAAGCUUACGAUGUUGUCGUUGAAGCCAACGAACUACCACCUGAACGUAAAGCCACUGCGUUAACACUGUGUAUACAAGCAUUGGAGUAUUACAGAACUGAGAAAGAAGUUGCAAUGUUUAUGAAGAAGAAUUUUGAUAAACUUUAUGGACCAACCUGGCAAUGUGUUAUAGGGCAUGAAUUUGGGACGUCGGUUACACACGACGAAAAAUGUUUUAUUUAUAUACAUUGUGGGGAAGUUAGUCUUUUACUUUUUCGAUGUACUGGAUAGGUGGGUUAGUAAAGCAAAAUAAAAGUCCAUAUGCUUUUUCAAGUAAUAAAUAUAUUUUUCAUAUAAGUUUCGGA